GGGGUCUGUCUGGCCCGUGACGGAGAUGCUUUCGUGCCGCGGAGUUGCGUCCUUGCCGUGCGCGACCUUUUGAGGAGGUCUCAGCCAUGCCCAGCCUCAGAGUGCGCCGUGAGGAGGCAGAGAUGGAACUCUCAGCUCCCGGACCGUCUCCUUGGACGCCUGCAGCUCAGACCUGUGUGAGCAAUGCUCCUUCUGUGACCCAUCUUGGAUCUGGAGUCUGUGGUCUCCUCUGCUGUGGCAAUACUGAGCUGGAAGCCAUCCACCCUCACCAUCAGCAAUCAGAUUGUGACACUAGGACUGAGGAUAAGCAAUUUCUUCAGGAGGAAGAUGUUCCUGAGUAUUUGGAAUCACAGGCAGAAAUAUCAGGAAACUAUGCUGGUGAUGUUUCUCAGGUGCCUGAGCUUGGAGAUCUGUGUGAUGAUGGAUCAGAAAGAGACUGGGGAGUCCCUGAAGGCGAAAGACUGAUACAGUCCCUUUCUCAGGAGGAUUUCACACCAGUGACAGUACUCCUUAGGAGCCCCUUACAGAAGAAAGAUCUGGACUGUAACAGUUUUGACAGUCUGAGCCCAAAGCCAAUGGCAUGUCAGGGAGUCCUUAUAGAAGAGAGGCCACAUCCAUAUGACAUGAGUGGCCAGAGCUUCCAGCACAGUGUGGGCCUAACUGACUGUGAGGGAGUUCCCACAACUGAAAGUCCACUCAUAUGUAACGAGUGUGGAAAAACCUUCAGAGGAAACCCUGACCUUAUUCGGCAUCAGAUAGUCCACACUGGAGAGACAUCCUUUAUGUGUAAUGAAUGUGGGAAAUCCUCCAGCCAAAACUCAAUUCUUAAAAACCAUCAUCAGUCUCAUGUGAGUAAGAAAGCCUACCAGUGCACUGAGUGCAGGAAAACCUUUCAUGGGCACUCAGAACUUGUGAGGCAUCAGAGUCACCACAGUAGUGAGAGGCCUUAUGUAUGUAAUGAAUGUGGAAAAGCCUUCAGCCAGAAUUCAAGCCUUAAAAAGCACCAAAAGUCUCACAUGAGUGAGAAGCCCUACGAAUGCAAUGAAUGCGGGAAGGCUUUUAGGCGGAGCUCAAACCUCAUCCAACAUCAAAGAAUCCAUUCUGGGGAGAAGCCGUAUGUGUGCAGUGAGUGUGGGAAAGCCUUCAGACGGAGCUCAAACCUCAUCAAACACCACAGGACUCACACAGGUGAGAAGCCUUUUGAGUGUGGUGAGUGUGGAAAAGCCUUCAGCCAGAGCGCACAUCUAAGGAAGCACCAGAGAGUUCACACUGGAGAGAAGCCUUAUGAGUGUAAUGAUUGUGGCAAGCCAUUUAGUCGGGUCUCUAACCUCAUUAAACACCACAGGGUUCACACUGGAGAGAAACCAUAUAAGUGCAAUGAUUGUGGGAAAGCAUUUAGUCAGAGCUCGAGCCUUAUUCAGCAUCGGAGAAUUCACACUGGAGAAAAGCCUCAUGUGUGUAACGUGUGUGGAAAAGCCUUUAGUUAUAGCUCAGUGCUCAGAAAGCACCAGAUAAUCCACACAGGAGAGAAACCGUAUGGAUGCAGCAUCUGUGGGAAGGCUUUCAGCCACAGCUCAGCCCUCAUUCAACACCAGGGGGUACACACAGGUGACAAGCCCUAUGAGUGCCGUGAAUGUGGGAAGACCUUCGGUCGCAGUUCUAACCUCAUCCUUCACCAGCGAGUCCACACUGGAGAGAAACCCUAUGAAUGUACUGAAUGUGGAAAAACCUUCAGCCAGAGCUCAACCCUCAUUCAGCAUCAGAGAAUUCAUAAUGGUCUGAAGCCCCAUGAAUGUAGCCAGUGUGGUAAAGCCUUCAACCGAAGCUCAAAUCUCAUUCACCACCAGAAAGUUCAUACUGGGGAGAAACCCUACAUGUGCAUUGAAUGUGGUAAAGGCUUCAGCCAGAGCUCACAUCUUAUUCAACAUCAGAUCAUUCACACUGGUGAGCGGCCCUACAAAUGCAGUGAGUGUGGGAAAGCCUUCAGUCAGCGUUCAGUCCUCAUCCAGCACCAGAGGAUUCACACUGGGGUGAAGCCCUAUGACUGCACUGCUUGUGGGAAAGCCUUCAGCCAGCGAUCAAAGUUAAUUAAGCACCAGUUGAUUCAUACCAGGGCGUAGCCUGUCGAGCUGAUUGGAGUGAAACUGAGCAUGGUUCCUCUUCAACUCCUCUCUGGCCAUUGUCACAGCCUGUCUCACUUCUCAAACCUGAAGCCCAGGCUCACUCCCUCCUCUCUACCACACACUCAGCAACCCCGUGGCAUGGAACUCUGCCUUGAAAAUUCUUUACAGGCUCCCUUCCCAUUGCCAUUACUCCUGCCUCAUGUGACCUCCUGGGUUUUGUUUUGUUUUUAUAGUUUGUGAACAGACUGCACAUUUGUUAGGGAAAAGCUCCAUAUUCAUGAGUAGAGUUUAUUAUUGUAAUCAAAAAUUAUCAAAAAGUAAAGUGACAUUUGAUUUGAGACAACCACAGUAAUUAUUUUGUUUGGUAAUUAGUCAUAAGGUAUGAGUUCUUUGUCAGUGGCUGCAUCUGUAUUUUCACAUAAAAUCAAGUCAAGAGUUUUUCAGGUCUGAUUGCUGUAUCAUUCUCUCCAGAAGUGGUACAUACUCAUAACCAUUAGUUUCCCACCCUUCCUUUUCCCUCUCAUUCCAGAACUUGGACCCAAGACUUCCCCACUGCUCUACUUUUCUUAUGCAUGUCUGAGGUCAGCUUUCUCCCCCUCCCUGCUCUGCUAUGAAUCAGGCCUCUAUGCCCCACUCAUGGCUGCUGCAUGGUUCCAUAUAGGUGCUUCUCAGCUUCUAGUUUCUGGCUGCAGAGGAAGCUGUCUCCACACCUCAAUUUUUUACUCCCAACCUUCCAGGCUUAGUCUUUUCCCAGAAGCAUUCAUCACUAGAUAUUUAUGGAGCACCUACUAGGUGCCCUACCCUUGGAGCCCAACUCACCUACCCCUAUCCUCAGUUUUCCAGCUCUUGUGCCCCUGUCCCCUGACCAGAGAAAACUCAGCCCAGAUUCAACAUGUCUGUCACCAAGGAGGCACCUCAACACCAUCCAACAAGUCUGGGGUUGUCUAGAUGCAGUUUUGCAAAAAACUCGGCCCAGACCUGUUUUAGUAAAUAAAGUUUUGUUGGAACACAGCCAUACACAUUUGUGUACAGAUAGCGACAGCAGAUUUUGCAUGGCAGAAUUGAGUAUUUGUAAUAGAUACCAUAUGGCCCACAAAAGCAGAGCAUUUACUUUCUGGCCCUUUAUAGGAAAAUUUUGCUGAUUCUGCCUUAGGACACCACCCUGUGAUCUCAGGAUGCUGUUGGGGGCUGGAUUUGCCCAGGAGCUUAGAGUUCUUGCAGAAAUUUAGGUGCAUUUUGUGACCAGGGCACUAUGUGCUGUGGAAUGAUUGCCUGUGAUUGCUGUGGAGUGAUUGCGGGUGGUUGCUAGGCAGUUGUCACAGCCACAGAGGAUUCAACCCCUUACCCAUCCCCAAAAUACAGACAUCGGACCUGUGUGUUGGCCACAGUUUUUACUGCAGUCAGGAGUUUUGUGACGAUUAAAUAAACUGAUCUGUAUAAAGUGCUUUAAA